GCUGUCGACAGCCAAUCCCAGUCCGGUUAUUUCAUGAAAAUAACGGCUUUAAAUUUUCAAACCAGAUGGCGCCUUCUUACGGCCCGGAUACUUUUGCUCUUUAGCUGGCGGGUGGAUUUUAUUUUGAAUUUUUGAGCUGCCAAGUUACCAGUCAAAAUUUAAAUUUAAAAAUGGGUGAUUGUAAAUAAAUGAAGUUGGCUUUUAUUUAAUAAACGCCGGGAUUGGAGUCUACGUUUCCAUGGCAGCGGACAACUUGACGUUUAUUAUUUUAUUUGAUAUUGAUAUUGACGUUAAUAUACAUAUAUAUCGUAUGUAGUCAUAUAUUUACACUGAUACUAUUUUAUUAAAUACUUUUUUUAAAAAUUAUUUAUUUAUACGUAAUGUGUAACAAUGGAUCAAUUAACUGGACCCGAAGUACAGGUUGUACUCAACUUGAAAGAAGGAAAAGGAUUUGAUAAAGUAAAUAAUCCAACAUGUAUCCUCGCAACUUUGAAUGGCUUGUCAUUGGAGACUGAUUUUAUUGAUCCUGAGCCAUGUCCUCAGUACACAACAAGUCUGGUAUGGGAGGCUACCAAAAGUACUUUGAGAAAGAUGCGUUCAGGACAAGAGCCUCUGAAGAUCGAAUGCUUUGAGUACAGGGAAAAUGGAACUAAAGACAAGUUGGGAUACUUGUUGUUGAGUUUGAGGACUGCACAAGUUGUUCCUAGAGGAUAUGACGGGAAUAUUAAAACAAACUGGCUGAAGCUGUCGGGUCUGAGGAGCGACGUCAAGGCUGACAAACCAGAAUUUUUGCUGUCCUUGACAAUAGGAGAGCGCGAGUCUCCAGGUACUGCCGACUCCAGCAAAAAAGACGGAGUUGAUCAAGUGGUUCUGCCUAAAGAUCUACCGACUCCUUAUCUUAUCAACGAAGAACGUCUGAUACAAUUGGGUUCUGUCAAUGAAUGCCGUGAUAUAUUUAUAUUUAGUAUUAUUACCGAAACUGUUGCCAAUAUUGAGUGUCUUAAAGACAGAGCCUCGAAAAUAGAUACCGACAAGUCUUAUACACUUUGGUAUCACGUAUUUGAGAAUGAAAUUCAGUCAAAGCCUUUUGUUUAUAGUCAGUCAGUUUCGUUGGACGAAAAAAUAGUUAUUCGUAUAAGAAGUUCGUUGAAAGUUAUUAGAAAUUAUUUACAAUACAAACCGUAUUUUUUGAUACUACUUAAGCACAGGGAAAGUGUCUUGGGUCAGUCGGAAGUAGAUCUGAGGUCUCUGGUGCCUACUGAUAUUGUUGAAGAUUUUUUAAAAAAUUCAGACAAUGGCUGCACAGUUUUGUACGAACAUUGUUUGCUAAAAACUUUAGAAAAUAGGGAGGAAUCAUUUGUUGUUGAAGACAAACCAUUUGUUAAUAUUCAAUUGAAGUUGCAAUACCUAGGACCUAAAUCAAACAGCUCGCAGAAUUAUUUUAGUGAAAUUUAUAAGAGAGCUCCGCAUUCUAUUGAUUACAUGGUACAAAAAUCAUCGGAUAUUGAAUGUCAUCGACAUCCUGCUGGUGAUUACCACAAAUGCACGUGUGAAGUCCAUAAUAUAAAUAGCUGUACCAGUAGGAUAGAUCGUUAUCCGUCAGUUGAUUUAGCUCAGAGACGUAUCGAGUACUCUCAUAUGUGCAAUAAAAAAGAUAAUGCUAAAAAUGUCGGUGCAUAUCAUUGUUAUUGUUUACAUAUCACAUUGAACAGUAUUAAAUUGAGAUCUGAAAUGUCUAUUGAUAAUAUCGAGUUUCGUUUUCAUCAUCCUAAAGCUGAGAUAAUGUCGACAGUUUAUCCGAAAGUCCCAGCGCUAUCGGGUGAUCAAUUACGAUUGCAAGAUAUCGGCUGUAAAUUACAUUUCAUAUCUGCCUCUGAAGAAAUACGUAAUUUAUUGUUAUCAUUUCCGCCAAAAGUAAGUGUUUGCGACGGUGAUAAGGCGGAAAAUACUUUUGUGGGUCAGUCGGUCCUGGAUGUCUGUCGUUUGUUUGACAAUCAGAUGACUCUAAAUUGUCAGUACGAAGCGCCGCUGUUUGAUAACAGCUUCAAUGAAAUCGGUUUCAUUGAUGUCUCGAUGUAUUUAGAGGACCAUGGCCCGUAUUAUCAAACAAACAAACGGUCUCGUGACGAAAAUUUGGGCCCGCCGAUUCUCGACGACAGUCUUGUGUACAAAAUCGUCGAUGAACUGGAGACCUGGAAAGAACGACAGCAAGAAAUAUUUAGAUUAGAGUUGAAGCGCAAGGAAGAACGUCAUUUAAAUCGUUUGAGCGAAGAGUGGCAGAAACGCAGAGAGUCCUUGGAAGCUAAAUUUAAUGAGAGUGUUGAGCAAUGCAAAGUACUAGCAAAUAAAUUAAAUUCAGCUACUGAUGACUUACGGGCGCGUAAGCUGCUAAGUUUGGAGAAAGAGACCCGUUUAAUUAAAGCCAAUGAGGAAUUAAAGCUGUCGUAUGAUAAAAAGUUUGAGGAAUUAAAAGAUAAUUCACAAAAGGUACAGCAGGAUUUAGCGUCAAAGCUCUCGCAAUUAGAAGAACAAAAGCAGAGUUUACUUGUACAAGUUGAGUUAAUGAGAGUUGAUAAUGCAAAGCUUGAGGAUAUUAUAAGGAAACAAAAUGAAGAACUCAGUGCUUGUAGAAAGGGUUCAUUGAUGCAGGAUCAAACAGAAAAUUUAUUACAUGAACUUAAAGACCUAGAGCGGAAGUUGAACAGCGCGCAGAAGAGCAAAUCAUUUUUCAAAGAACAGUGGGGCAAAGCUGUCAGAGAAAUUCACAAGAUGAAGAUGGAGCACCGGCAAGCUAUUGAAGUACAAAUUAAAAAUAACAAGGAAGAGUUGAAGAACAUCAAUUUAGAGGAAAUACUUCAUGCAGACUCGGCAGCUUUGAACAGCGACAAGAUACUGCUGGGUCAAAUCCAAAAAGAGAUAGACGUUAUCAGACCAAAACGUUCUUACUCAUUACUCAGUCCCGAAAAAUCAUUCCCUUCGACAUUCAACUCGAGAUCGCAAAUGAAUUUUACUCGGCGCGGUCAUUCGGCGGUUUCGGAAGAACAGGACGAACGACUGCGAAAGCUCAUCGAGGAACGUGAUGCCUUACUUAAGACUAAAAGUUAUACAAUUGAUGAUGCCAUCAUAGUUAAACUUAAUACAGAAAUACGAUCCCUUCUUGUCAAUAGCUAAAUUAUAUUUUUUUACACGAAUAAAAACAAAAUAAAAUAAU